GAAUUCAAAAUUCAGAGCAUUUGCCGGAUUCAUCACCUAUUUUAUGUGAAAACAGUUUCAAAUUCCGUUCCCCCGCCUCCAAUAACGUUCUUCAGAUAAUCUCAAUUUCACAUCUUCCUUGUUUUUGUCUCUCUCACGCACACACGCACUCUCCCUCUGAAACCCUAACCCCCGGCGGACUUAGCUGAAUCUGCUCAUUUGGCGACAGCAAUGUCAGCGCCACCGCAGGUCGUGACCGGACGGGAGCUGUCCAACCCUCCCUCUGAUGGCAUAACCAACCUUCGGUUCUCCAAUCACAGCGAUCACCUCCUCGUGUCUUCUUGGGACAAGAGCGUUCGGCUGUACGAUGCCAGUGCAAAUGCUUUGAGAGGAGAGUUUAUGCACGGAGGUCCUGUGCUUGACUGUUGCUUCCACGAUGACUCCUCAGGGUUCAGUGCCAGUGCCGAUAAUACCGUCAGAAGGCUUGUAUUCAACUACAGCAGGGAGGACAUUUUGGGAAGGCAUGAUGCACCUGUUCGGUGUAUUGAAUAUUCAUAUGCCACUGGGCAAGUGAUAACUGGAAGUUGGGACAAAACACUGAAGUGCUGGGACCCUAGAGGUGCAAGUGGGCAGGAGCGUACUCUUGUUGGGACAUAUGCACAACCUGAACGUGUCUAUUCUCUUUCUCUUGUUGGAAAUCGCUUAGUUGUAGCAACUGCAGGAAGGCAUGUAAAUGUCUAUGAUUUGCGGAAUAUGUCUCAUCCUGAACAGAGAAGGGAAUCCUCAUUGAAGUACCAAACAAGAUGUGUUCGCUGUUACCCCAAUGGAACUGGUUUUGCUCUAAGCUCUGUGGAAGGUCGGGUUGCCAUGGAGUUCUUUGAUAUGUCGGAUGCUGGCCAAUCUAAAAAGUACGCGUUUAAAUGCCAUCGCAAAUCUGAAGCUGGGAGGGACAUUGUCUACCCUGUAAAUGCAAUUGCAUUCCACCCAAUCUACGGCACAUUUGCCACUGGAGGCUGCGAUGGAUAUGUUAAUGUGUGGGAUGGAAACAAUAAAAAGAGGCUGUAUCAGGUACGCCUUACCAUGUUUAGGGGCGCCCUCAAUCUUUUUUCCACCACAAGCAUCUUUUCUUAACCUCUUUGGUUUCCUGUAUAAAAUGAACAUGCAGUAUCCUAAGUAUCCAACAAGCGUUGCAGCCCUGUCAUUUAGCCGAGACGGGAGGCUCUUGGCUGUUGCUUCUAGUUAUACAUUUGAAGAGGGUGAAAAACCGCAUGAACCAGAUGCCAUUUUUGUCCGUGGUGUCAAUGAAGUCGAAGUAAAGCCAAAACCAAAAGUAUUGCCCAACCCGUCUUCUUGAAAGGAUUAAGGAUGUUAUCUUACGUUUGUUAAUUGCAUGAUGGUUUGGAUCUCAUAAGUUUGUAUUACUGAACUACUGCAGCCUUUGCAUUAUAUGAAUGCAAGUUAUGUUUCUUUAUCACUUUCUAAAUUUAUUGGUUAGAGAACCAAAGAAAUU